AUGUAUCCUUCUUUUACAGAUACCAAACCGAAAUUAAAAAACCAUUACCGAGCCCAUCGUCUUUCUUUCUGGUUGAAUUUAGUUCCCGACCUACACAAACCGGGCGGGGAUGACGUGCCCAUGUCUCAUCACGAACUUCCCGACGACGAGCCACCGCCCCCGAAACUACCCACAUUAAAUCCGAGGAAAUUAUCUACAACAGAAAUUCCGACAGAUUAUCGGACUUUACAAUCUACAAACAAUUCCUUGGUUACGGUAAAUCCCAUGGAUUCCACGGAGAGAGUUGAGGAGCUUGGUGGUAUGAGCACAACGGUUCAUCCAGUAGAAGACGGUUUUGCAGCGUAUUCAACAGCACUUAGUGUAACCAUAGCCAUAGGAUGUUCUCUUCUUAUUCUCAACGUCCUAAUUUUUGCUGGAGUUUAUUAUCAACGAGAUAAAACAAGAAUGAACGAAAACGGAGGACAUCUUUCUAAAAAACGAAAUGAAAAUGGCCAAAUGCCUAACAAUAUCUGUGGUGACUUAGAAAGCAGUAUUAUUGGUGUUAAAAGUGACCCAGCUACAAUCCUUGGCCAUCACCAUUCACACCAUCAGCUUCCCCCGCCAGAGUUUGCGGAUUUACCUCAAAAUAACGCUACUCUUCCUAGACCACCUCCUCCUCCAAAGUUGUCAAAAGCCAACGUAAAUACAUUAUCAGCUCAUGGGCAUCAUCAAAUGCCCGAAAAUCAGCCACUGCUGUCGACGCAUAGCAUACAGCUUAUUAACACCGGUACUCUUACGAAAAAGAAUACCCAAAUGAACUCUAAACAUAACAUUAAAAUGGAGGAAUUGAGGGUGUGA